AUGGAGGAUGAGGACGGUUACAUGGUUUUAGACAAGCGGGGUGCUGCGGGGAGCCCAGGUCCACUCCAGGAUGCAGUCUCUUGGCUGGUGCUGGAGAGGGAGCGACCCCAGGGGACUGUGGGGUGCAAGAUCACAUCACUGGGAGGGGGCUGCACCUCCCUGGAGCUGAGGAAGAACCUGUGCCCCCUACAAGUGGACAAGGGGUGCAAGCUCUGCCCCAUGGGCUGGACGCUGCGCGGGACCAAGUGCUAUUGGAUUUCGGAGGGCAUCGAGCUGUGGAACAAGAGCGAGCGGGACUGUGGGAAUCGGGGCGCCGAGCUGCUGAUGCCGGGGGACCAGGAUGAGCUGGAUUUCCUAAAUGAAAUCCUCCAUAAACCAACCCGUUACUUCUGGAUCGGGCUCUCCGUCCCCUCCGCUGGACAGGGCGGGACCUGGCUGAACGGCUCCCGCCUGGACCAGAGCCGAUUCCAGCUGAGCCCCCGGGCUGAAGGCUGUGGGGUGCUGAGGGCGAACAGCAUCGACGCCGGCAACUGCAGCUUGGGUUUUCAGUGGAUUUGCCAGAAAAACGCCACGAAGCUCUGA